GAUAUGGUGAUGUGGCAGACAGGACUGAAACUGUAUUGGCUCUGACCUGAGGCAGUGGGAGGAGACUUUGACAAUGAACGUGCUGAGGACACAUGUUUACAAUGAUGGGGGGGAGAGGAAGAAUGGAGCUGCACGGGAUCACUAAACACUAUGGUGCCUUUUUUGAACAGACUGACAGUCAAGGACGCUAACGAAUGUCACUACAGGACACCGAAAGGGCGCAUUGACCUGCAGAGUCACAGGAAAAACAUGCAAAACAGAUAUUAAAUGAGUUAUCACAAAAGCUGAUAGCAUUUGUUUCUGACUUCACUGUUCUGUACCAAGUACGAUAGACUCUCCCUCUUCCCCUAACAAACUGAGACAAGGGGACAAGUCAUCAUGAUGACUAACAGGACAAACUGUGAAGACCACUUCUCAGGGAUGACCAGUGCUCGGCUGCUGAAAACUUCACCAGAAGAGUCUGGGUUUGGUGCCCAUCCUUCCCACAGGAUGGCAUCCACUGUGUCUGCUGUACCCCGUGGUGGCGUCUUCGGCCCCUCGCCGCCCCCUCCUGUCUGGCCUCCUCUGGACUUUGCCCUGGGUGCUCUCGCCUGCUGUGGCGCCUGUGUGUUUACCAAUCCCCUGGAGGUUGUAAAGACCCGUCUGCAACUUCAGGGAGAGCUGCGUGCACGGGGAUCCUACCAGAGACACUACCGCGGAGUCCUGCAGGCCCUCUGGGUGGUGGGCCGCACGGACGGGCUCCGGGGCCUGCAGAAGGGGCUCUCAGUCGGGUUGAUCUACCAGGGUGUGAUGAACGGUGUGAGGCUGGGCUCCUACUCCUACUGUGAAGCUCUGGGUAUCACCUCGUUCCACGGGGGGAGUCUGCUGUCAGGGGCAGGGGUCGGGGCGCUGGGUGCCUUCAUUGCCUCUCCUGCCUACCUGGUGAAGACCCAUCUGCAGGCUCAGAGUGUGAAAGCCAUAGCAGUAGGCCACCAGCAUAACCAUCUGGGGGUGUCUGACGCCUUUACUACCAUCUAUAGAAGAGAAGGUUUUAUUGGCCUUUGGAGGGGUGUGAACGGGGCUGUGCCUCGAGUCAUGGUGGGAUCAGCUGCUCAACUAGCAACCUUCACCUCGGCCAAGGACUGGGCGUCACAUUCCCAGUGGUUUAGUCCACAGUUCAGUAACAGCUGGCUCACUGCUUUGAUAGCUGCCAUGAUCAGUGGAGUCGCUGUGGCGAUCACCAUGACACCAUUUGACGUCGUUAGUACACGGCUCUACAACCAGCCGGUGGAUGAGUUUCAUAAGGGGCGUCUCUACCAAGGAUUUUCAGAUUGUAUGCUGAAGGUGUGCCAAGCUGAGGGCCUGCUGGGGUUAUACAAAGGCAUGGGCCCUGUCUUCCUGCGCUUGGCCCCACACACAGUGCUCAGUAUGCUGUUCUGGGAUCUGAUGAGGCAACAGACAGUGAAGGACAACCAGAGCCAGGGAAGGAGCUAAAACACCUGCGUGUGACUGACUGGGCUCAGUUACAGCUAUGGAAGUGGUCCAUGAAUUAAUGAAACCCUGAAUUUAAAAGCAGAAGUUCAACAUUUUGGUAAAUGCACUUAUUCACUUUCUUGCCAAGAGUUAGAUGAAUUGUCUGACCGGUUAAAUUUGUACAAAAACCAAAGUAUAAAAAUGUUAAUUUGCUGUGUUAUGGGAGGUUAUGUGCUGGACUAUUUCUUGGCCACAACAGUUACAUCCUGGAGUCUCCGCUGGUUGCCAGGCAACUGCUCAGAGCCAAGAGUCUGACACAUAACCACUCCAUAAAACGGAAAAUUGUUGUUUUUAGACUCAGGUUUUUGUACAGAUUGAACAAAAUAUAACCUGUUUAAUUAGUGAGCUUUAGAGCUGCUGGUAGGUGGUUUUUGUUACCAUUUGACAGAGAAAGGCUAGCUGUUUCCAGUCUGUUGUGCUAAGCUAAGCUAACUGCUGCUGGCUGUAGCUUCUUAUUUACUAUACAAACAUGAGAGUGGUAUCAAUCUUCUCAUCUCUCCACCUGAAAGUGAAUAAGUGUAUUUCCCAAAAUGUCAAACUAUUCCUUUAAGUGAGACCCGUUCUGUCUGAAGAAGGAGCACUUGAUAAAGAUGGACACAUGUUGCACAGACUUAACAAACAUUUUCAGGAAUUCCUAUCAAAUUUCUCAAAUAUGUGUAGUUGUGCUGAUGAACUAUCAGGUUUUACCUUAAUACCUCAGAUGAUGAAUUUACAAGCGAUGUGGGCUGGCAGCAAAGCUGAAAUGAGAGAAGUGAGACCCAUAUGGCUUGCAUACCAAUGGAGUGCCGAUGACCUGAAUAACAAGUCUGGAUUAUUAAAACAUAAACUCUGUAUUCCAUGUUUAUAGUCCAGUGUGGCUGCUGUGAUUUGUCACAGGUUAAU